AUGAUCAUUAUAUCGAUUCUUACAUUCGGACUAGUUAUCUGGAAGACCACCUAUCAAUGCUUACCCUAUGAUGACGAUAUGAGCACAACUGUACAAAACUAUAUGUUUCUUGUUAUAAUUACAUUGGUAAAUUUACUUUGCAUUUGUGCAUAUAUGUAUGCUAGAAAUUUCUUCAAGAAAUACUAUCUAAAAUUCAUUCAAAUAAACUAAGAUGUGAUAGACCAAGAUUAAAUAGACGAUAUGAAAACCUCAGUAAAAUUUCUAAGUGUAUUCAUGUUUACCAUUUCAUGGAAUGAUAGUUCUGACAUCUAUGAUCUAUAUGACAGAAAUUAUCUUGAUAUUGCUAAUUUCCUAGUCGAUAAAGGAAACUACCAAAACAUAGGAAAGAAAGGCUUCUAUUUGUGA